UAACAGCAUGUUAUUGGAACCAUGCAGAAGUUACUGUGUAGUGACAUGACAUGAAAUGAAGUCCGAAAGUCAAACAAGUGGUGUUCGGAAAAUCAUAGGGCAGAGGAUUGCCUGACGUGACGCAUUUAAACAAAUCCCAAAGGUUCUCAAUAUACCAUUUCUCUGGUAACAGUCGUUAAGAACCGUUUGCCUUUGAAGAUGGGAUGGGUGUGGCCAUUUAUGCUACUGGGUGUGGCUCUACAUUUAUGGCACUGCACACCCGUGUUUUCCGGAGGCGUGAAGUGUCAUCCUGUGCAGAUUAACUCAUCUGAUCAGCAAGUCAGAGUGACCCGCCCUGUCGCCAACUCAAAUACGAUUUGCUGGAAUGCCACCGCGAGCCAUGGGGAGAACAUCAAGGCAACAAUGACAUCAAGCACUGCUGAUUGCGACCAAAACUGGAAUCUCUUUUCUUUCGAGGGCUUGGAUUUCUUCGAGACUUUCUGCCUCGAAAGAAUAGAGGUCUUCUCCCCGACGAAGAUGCUUGCAGUUCAGUCCAGGCUAUACUCAGUGACAGUCCAAGUCCAGUAUACGUUUGAAUCUUACGUCGGAGCACCUGUAUGUAGAAAUGGUGACCAUCUCUGUACUAGUAACUAUGGAUCUUUCUGCAUCCGGGAAAAUACAACUUGCAUCUGUUUCACUGAUGGAUAUUGUUUCAAUUAUGAAGGGGAAUGCAAAGACGUAUAUGUGGGCCACAGUAACCCAGUCAGAGUUUCUGAAGAAGUGGGGCCGUAUUCAGAAUUGAUGAGUGGACAAGUCAGCAAUAAAACUAGCUGCUGGGCCGUGCCGACGCUGUGCUGCAGCCUCCUCUAUUGA